GUGUAAAUAAGCAUGAGUGUGUAUAGUAGCAGUAGCAGAAAGAAAGAGAGACUAGUGACUAGUUUGAGUUUGUUUACAAACUACAUCUAUCAGAGACGUCUUUUCGUUUCACUAACGUUGAUCAAUAUUUAAAUUUGUCACGAACGAUACUUCUGGUCAUUACUUCUUUGGGCUCCAGUGUUUGAAUUUCACUUAUUUGUAGUUGUACUUUCAUCAUUUCCAAAAAUGUCAUCCAAUCGUGGAAACGCUAAAAAGUUCAAAUGGGCUCUGGAUUUCACUGCCAGAAGAAGUACAAAUCAUGAUGCUCUUUUCCCUCCUGGUUUCAAUCCUGCUGUCAGUCAAGCGCAUACUGAAACAUCAAAAGACAAUGAUCCCUCUCACUUGAUAAUCAAGAAAUCAUGGGAACUUGCUCUAGCGCCAUUGAAACAAGUCCCCAUGAACCUCUUCAUAAUGUACAUGGCUGGCAACUCUAUUUCUCCAUUCCCUAUAAUGAUGGUUGGCAUGUUGUUAAUUCGACCCUUUAAGGCCCUCUUUACUUUACAGAGUACAUUCAAAAUGAUAGAGGGAAAUCAUGCUAUAAUGCAGAAACUUGUCUACUUUCUUGGUAACAUAGUGGGUAUGCUUCUAGCCCUUUAUAAAUGCCAAUCCAUGGGUUUGUUGCCAUCCCAUUCUUCAGACUGGUUGGCAUUCAUAGACCCGCCUGUCAGGCUAGAAAAUUUAGGUGGUGGUAUGUCUCUAUACUGACUUAAAUUGAGGUUUCAGGAAUAGAACAUUUGCAGCUUGAUCAUUAAAAAGCAUUUGUAAGACAGUUUCAUUGUAACCCUUAUGAAUAUUUUAUCAAAAAUUAUUUGCCUACGAAUAAUAGGCCACAUGUGUAUUUACUUUCUGACUCUAGAACUCAGGCUGUAUUGCCUUCAGAGAAAUAACAGAUAACUAACAGAUCUAUAUCAGGAAGGUUGUUUAUGCUGUUUGGUCCUGAUUACUCCACUGAAGUCGCAUUUAUUGCAAAGUAUGUUGACUGAAACAGUUUUGAAACAACAGAAUGCAGGAAUAACCUGAGUAACAUAGAUCUGUAAUUUCUCUCAAUUUGAUACAGCCUUAAUCUUGAACUUUUAUUUGGUAACUGUUUUUUCUGUUAUUGCACUCAACUUCCAGGUAUGUAAUAAUUUAUGUUCAACUUCCAUUUAUGACACUUAUUUUCUGUGGUGCAUUUGUUUUAAAGUCUUAUAUCAACUCCAGCUAAUAAUUCAAUAGUGCAGUUAAUUCUUUCAUUGCUGUUUUUUUUUUUUAUUAUUAUUUUUCCCAAGGAUUCUGCAAAAGUUUUUGUAUGAUUGACUGCAAAAUCUACAAUUAAAUGAAAGUAUCCAUAUAUGACUGAAUAGUGUAUGUAUGACUUGUCUAUUAUUUAAAAGUUAAUAAAAACUACCCACAUGAUCUUAUCAAGA